AGUUUUUAAGCUCCUGAAUAUCAGGUGCAAAGAGAGACCAAGACUGACAGAGCUUUCACCUGCCUUUCAUCCCACAAACAACGUGUCUGCGGUCCAGAAUGCUUUACGCUGAAUUACUGCGGUUGUGGAAUGAGUCUGUAACAGCCAUGGAUGAGCGUGACUGGGAGGGAGCUCUGGCAAAACUCCAGCAGAUUAGUGAACCUACAUCUCGCACAUUGUUUAACGUUGCUUCAGCUCACCUGACUCUGGGAGAGCCGGACCUCGCUCUCAAGGCUUUAGACCACACCAUUGCCAAGGAUCAACGUCUUGCUGUUGGCUUCUUUCAGAGAGCAGGAGUGAUGAUGCAGAUUGACAGGUUGGAGGAAGCUCUAUCAGACUGUAUCUGGGCACAGAAGCAUAUGAGAGGGAAUGUAGUUAUUGACUACAGACAGCUUGGACUGAGAUUCAAACUCUAUAGCUGGCAGGUGUUAUAUAAUGCAGCAGCUGUGAAUUGUCGGAUGGGUCAAUGGGAGCGGGCCAGGGAGGUCCUGAAUCUAGCUUCCCUGGAAAGAGGAGCAGGACAUGGGGGACACAUCGAGGCAGCUUUGAAAAGCAUUGAAAGAAAUGAGGUUCUUACUCCUCUUCUGGUACCAGAGGGUGUGGUAUUUCGACCCAGGAAACAAGACAUUGACGAGCUCCAGCAAAGAGACUUCUUAGGGAAGGCAAAGGUAAUUUCUUCUAUGAUUCCCAAUGAUGAUUUUGGAGGUUUUGAACCACUGAGACAGCAGAAACCUGGUUUCUAUGAACCCAAGACAGAUGAAAAUCAGGAUUCUCGAUACAUGCGUGUGCUGGCCCCUUACAUGGCCCGGGGCCCAGAACAGCUAACUGUGCCAGGAGGAGCCAUGGUGUUUUUAUUUGGAAAGGAAGACCGGGAUGGCAUGAUAAAUGUCAUACACGAUGGACAAAGAGGACUUCUGCCAGUGUCUCUGCUUGAACUUGCAGAUGUGAAGAGAUCCAAAGGCAAAAAGGAGAAUAAAGAUUCCAGUGGAAUUCCCCUCCCACCAGGACUCAAACCCCCAACUCGUCCACAGGUCCAACUAAGCCCUGCAGAGCCUCCACAUGCUCAUUUUACCACAGCAACUCCACCUCCAUCCUACACCACUGCUAUCCACGCACCACCAACUUCAGAGCCUCCCGAGUACACGGCCAAUACACCACACAACCAGGAAGCAGAAGCAGGAUCUGUGGUGGUUAAAGUCCACUACACAUAUACUGUGGCUCUGUCUGUUCCCCUGGACAUAUCAGACUAUGAACUGAAGGAACAAAUUACUCAGAAAUUGAGUCAUCCCGCAUCUCAGCUGCGCCUGAGAUAUAGACGGCAUGGCUCCCGUGUGCUGACUCCUCUGAGUGGAGAUGUUGGGCCGAGCUGCACCAUGCAAGAUGUGGCUGAGGCUGGCAGAGCUAUCCUGUGGUGCCAAAAAGAAGACCCCUUAGCCAACCGCACAAUUCUCUACCAGAUGCUGGCACUGUAUGACUACUCUGCUCAAGGCCCAGAGGACUUGGAGUUCAAUGAAGGAGACACUAUUGACAUCCUGGGUGAAGUAAAUGAAGAAUGGCUGGAAGGACACUGUGCAGGAAAUAUCGGCAUCUUCCCCAGCUGCUUUGCCUACAAGGAGAAUGACAUCAUCCAGGGCUCAGAAUUUUAAAAUAGUUCAUGUUUUUGUAGUCAGUAAUCUCCAAUAAACUGAUACCUAUUAGGCCAUAUAGUAUACUCAAUGAUUUCAUCAUACUACUCUGUUUUUGUCCUAUAUGGUAUCAUUUAUUUCUUUAGUGGUUAAGAAUAUUACUUGUAUUAUUCUCCUCUCGUUAUGAAUCUCCACACUCCCAUACAGAAGAGUGUUAUGAAAAAGUAUACUCCACAGAUGCUACCAGAUAAAUGAUUUAGCAUCCCAAAUCUUAUGCUUACUGGUUCACUCAACAUUCAAAUGUUUUCAUGAUGAAAAUAAUGAUGCUUUUAUGUUGUGUAGCCUUGUCCAUAGUUGUCUCCUUGUCUUUGAAGUAGAAGACCAUCUCAUUUUUAUGACGCUAAUGAAUAUGUUUGUAUAAAACUAUAUACUACUGGUACCUUGAAAAGAAAUACACGAGAAUGCUGAUGUAUUGUAUAUUACAUUACUGACCUAAAUAGACCUUUUUUAAUCUGUAUUUGAUGGUGACUGCAAACUACUUAGAUAUUUUCUCAUUAUAAAGACACUGAAGCUGUCUAAUUAAUCUUACAAUGUUCGUGAGAAUUACCACCGUUUACUAGUUAGAAUAUUUAGUCCUCACAAAAUGAAUAAAAACAAAUAUAUACAACAAUAAUAAAACUGAAUUUGAACUUUGCAA